AUGGGCCAGAUCUUGAGCUACUUACUGGACAGCAGAAGUUGGAUUUGGCCAACAAGAAGAGGGAACGUGGAAACUUCUACUAUCAGCAAUCAGAUUAUGUAUGUAUUUGCAAUAAAUUCUUAUGACAUUGCCCUGAAGAUUGUAAAUUCCAGCUCUAAAGUUGACUUUACACCGGAAGAAGAAUCUGAAUUACUAGAUGUCAAGAUGAAGUGUCUGAACAACCUGGCUGCUUCCCAGCUUAAACUUGACCACUUUGAGGCUGCCUUAAAGUCUUGUAAUAUGGUCUUGGAGCAACAACCUGAAAAUAUCAAGGCGUUGUUUAGAAAGGGAAAGGUAUUAGCCCAGCAAGGAGAGUACAGUGAAGCUAUAGCCAUCUUAAGGAAAGCACUGAAACUGGAACCUUCAAACAAGACAAUCCAUGCUGAGCUCUCCAAGCUUGUCAAGAAGCAUGCUGACCAGAAGAAUGUAGAAACUGCCAUGUACAAGAAGAUGCUGGGAAAUGUAGCCAGUUCCACCACGAAGUCAUCCUCCAAAACGUCUUGGUCAAUCUCCUGGAAGUGGCUUUUUGGGGCAACAGCCAUCGCAAUAGGGGGUGUAGCCCUUUCAGUUGUAAUAGCGGCCCGCAAUUAA